GAGUAUUCACCGCGGCUCUAAAUUGGUUUGUCAUUUCUGACCCCUCUCUCUCUCUCUGUGUGUGCGUGUGUUUGUGUGUGUGCGUGUGUGUGUAGAUCACGGUCCUCUGCUUCUGCGGCCGCUCUGCGCCUGCAGACUCCAGCAGAAGUAAGUAAAAACAUAAAGGCAACCAAAAAGAGAGAGACAGGCGGGGAAGGAGGGAGGGAGAAAACGGGAUACAGACGGACGGACAGAGAGAGAGAGGAAAAAGCGAGAGAGGAGAGAGAGAUACGCCUCGGUCCUCCUCCUGCACUCCACCGGGCUUACAGUGCAUUUGAACGGACGGGAGACCUUCCUCCUCCUCCUGUGUGAGCGCUGAUCGGGAUACCAAACACGCACCUAUUGGCUUAUUACACCCUCAGCUUCAUUCUCAUCCCUUCUAUCUGGAAGAUUUGUCCGCGUCGUUUUGCAGCAGCAAAAAAAUAGCUAGAGUCGGAGCCGAGGCUCCAAACCAGCAAGAGAAACAUAUCGACUGGGAAGAUACAUUUGCUUUGUGGUGACUAUACGAAAGAGCGAAAAAGAGGGUUUUUUGUGAUUCGUCUCUGCACUGGAUGCGCUUGUCGCUUCGAUUGGUAAUACGGUCUAGGACAUCCAGCUGCCACUGAGAUGUGAUUCUCUGCAGUUUAAUUUCACUUUGAGGAAGGAAAGCACACAAAAGCAGGCCUGUAUGGUGUCAGAAACACUGAGCUGUGACAGUAACGGCUCACCACACGACCGUCUGGGCUCAGCAGGAAGUACCCCCACACCCACUUCCAGGUCAAACUCAGACGUCAUGUGGGCCAGAUGCCUGCUCUUCACCUCAAUCUUGCUUGCACCCAUUGCCAUUGUGGAUAGCCGUGCUCCUAUCCCCAUGGCAGUUGUGCGCAGAGAGCUGUCCUGCGAGUCCUACCCCAUAGAGCUACGCUGCCCCGGCACUGAUGUCAUCAUGAUUGAAAGCGCCAACUAUGGCCGCACCGAUGACAAGAUCUGUGACUCGGACCCAGCCCAGAUGGAGAACACGAGGUGCUACCUGCCCGAUGCGUACAAGAUCAUGUCACUCAGAUGCAACAACCGUACCCAGUGUGCAGUGGUGGCAGGCCCCGAUGUCUUCCCUGAUCCCUGCCCAGGCACAUACAAAUACCUGGAAGUGCAGUACGAGUGUGUUCCUUACAAAGUAGAACAAAAAGUAUUUCUGUGCCCUGGGAUUCUACGAGGAGUAUAUCAAAGUGAACAUCUCUUUGAAUCAGACCACCAAUCUGGUGCAUGGUGCAAAGACCCGAUGCAAUCCUCUGAUAAGAUCUACUACAUGCCCUGGACCCCAUACCGUACCGACACGCUGACAGAGUAUUCAUCAAAAGAGGACUUCAUUGCAGGCCGGCCCACCACCACAUACAAACUGCCACAUCGUGUGGAUGGGACUGGUUUUGUUGUCUAUGAUGGUGCACUCUUCUUCAACAAAGAGCGCACCCGUAACAUUGUAAAAUUCGACCUGCGCACACGUAUCAAAAGCGGCGAGGCGAUUAUCGCCAAUGCCAACUACCAUGACACCUCGCCAUACCGCUGGGGGGGCAAGUCGGAUAUUGACCUUGCAGUGGAUGAGAACGGGCUGUGGGUGAUCUAUGCAACAGAGCAGAACAAUGGGCGUAUCGUGGUAAGCCAGCUCAACCCUUACACCUUGCGUAUCGAAGGCUCCUGGGACACAAGCUACGACAAACGCUCUGCCUCCAAUGCCUUCAUGAUCUGUGGAGUCCUGUACGUGGUCAAAACUGUCUAUGAGGAUGAUGACAACGAAGGGACGGGGAACAAGAUUGACUACAUGUACAACACUGAUAAGAGCAAGGAAAUGACAGUUAACAUGCCAUUCCCUAAUUCCUACCAGUACAUAGCUGCAGUGGAUUACAACCCAAGAGACAACCUGCUGUACGUGUGGAAUAACUACCAUGUGGUCAAGUACUCACUGGACUUUGGCAACAAUGACUACCGUCCACCUCCAAUGAUGCCACCUAACCGAGGAGGCGGUUCAGUGGGUGGGGGAGGUUCCUCCUCUUCAUCAACCAGCCGUGCCACCACCACACGUUCUCCUCCCUAUUAUACCACCCCCAGGCCUCUCCUCACCACAUCGCCUGGCCAGCGGUACCGGACGACCACCACAGUCCGCCAGCCCAUCUUAGUUCCUCCUGGAGGCUCGUCCCCUGACACCAAUCAGAUUCCUGAUACUAUUCAAAAAGGGGGACGAUCCCCACCGGUGCAAAGCCACCCAGCCGUCCCACAGCCCCCUGCAUUGCCUCCCCAAGACUUCUGCAGCCCGAGGUUGAUGGCCGACAUAUCGUGGCCCCGGACUCAUCAAGGCCAGACUGCCAAGCAGCCCUGCCCUGUAGGGACGCUGGGCGUGGCUACAUACAUGUGCAUGGCCCAUUUGGGCUACUGGGAUCCCCAAGGCCCUGACCUCAGCAACUGCACGUCACCCUGGGUCAACCACAUCAUGCAGAAACUUCGCUCAGGCGAGACAGCGGCGAUUGUGGCCAGGGAGCUGGCAGAGCAAACCAAAGGGCCUUUGCGGCCUGGUGAUGUGCCAUCCACAGUGCGUGCGAUGGCCCAACUGGUAGAGCUGCUGGAUGUCCAGCUCAGGAACCUCACGCCCGGGGGCAAGGACAGCGCUGCCCGCAGCCUCACUAAGCUUCAGAAGAGAGAAAGGUCCUGCAGAUUUUUCACACAGGCUAUGGUGGAGACGGUUAAUAAUUUGCUACAUCCACGAGCCCAGGCGGCGUGGAGAGAGCUGCCCACAAGUGAGCAGCUGCACUCAGCUACUCUACUCCUCGACACUGUGGAAACCGGUGCUUUUAUGUUGGCUGACAACCUCCUGAAGACUGACACUGUGCAGGAGACCACUGACUACAUCCAGCUAGAGGUAGCUAGGCUGAGCACGGAUGGGAACCUUGCCGACCUGACAUUCCCUCAGUCAGAGCAACAUGGAAACUCCAUCCAGCUGUCAGCCAGCACUCUCAAACAGCAUGGCAGAAAUGGUGAGAUCAGGAUGGCAUUUGUGCUGUACAGGAACUUGGGCUCCUACCUGCCCACUGAGAACGCCAGCGUUAGACUCAGCAGUGAGGCAGUCUAUCCGAAUUACUCUGUUAUUGUCAACUCUCCAGUCAUCACUGCGUCCAUUAACAAGGAGAGCAAUAAGGUUUACCUCUCUGAGCCUGUGGUCUUUACUGUCAAACACCUGCAGCAUUCGGAAAAGAACUUCAAUCCCAACUGUUCUUUCUGGAGCUACUCCAAGCGCACCAUGAUGGGAUUCUGGUCCACGCAGGACUGUCGUCUUCUGGCCACCAAUCGCACACACACCAGCUGCUCCUGCACUCACCUCACCAGCUUCGCGGUACUCAUGGCCCACGUAGAAGUCAAGAAAGCAGACAGCAUGCAUGACAUGCUCCUGGAUGUCAUCACGUGGGUGGGGAUCCUGUUGUCCCUGGUUUGCCUGCUGAUCUGCAUCUUCACGUUUUGCUUCUUCAGAGGGCUGCAAAGUGAUCGCAACACCAUUCACAAAAACCUCUGCAUCAGUCUAUUUAUUGCUGAGUCACUGUUUCUGGUCGGGAUCAACAAGGCUGAUCAGCCGAUUGUCUGUGCAGUCUUUGCGGCCUUGCUCCACUUCUUUUUCUUGGCAGCCUUUACCUGGAUGUUCCUGGAAGGCGUGCAGCUUUACAUCAUGCUGGUGGAGGUGUUUGAGAGCGAACACUCCAGGACUAAGUACUUCUACCUGGCAGGAUAUGGAGUGCCUGCUGUCAUAGUGGCCGUCUCUGCCGCAGUGGACUACAGGAGCUAUGGCACCGAUAGAGUGUGCUGGCUGCGGCUGGAUACAUACUUCAUCUGGAGCUUCAUAGGACCUGCUACACUCAUCAUUAUGCUGAAUGUAAUCUUCCUUGGAAUCGCCCUCUACAAGAUGUUCCAUCACACAGCCAUCCUCAAACCAGACUCAGGGUGUCUGGACAACAUUAAGUCUUGGGUGAUCGGCGCCAUCGCCCUGCUGUGUCUGCUGGGCCUGACGUGGGCUUUCGGCCUAAUGUACAUCAAUGAGAGCACCGUAAUCAUGGCCUACCUUUUCACCAUCUUCAACUCUCUGCAGGGCAUGUUCAUCUUCAUCUUCCAUUGCAUCCUGCAAAAAAAGGUGCGCAAAGAGUAUGGGAAAUGUCUGCGCACUCACUGCUGCAGCGGUAAGAGUGUGGAGACCUCCAUCUCCUCUUCCAGUAAGACCACCACCUCCCGGACCCCAGGCCGCUACUCCACAGGCUCACAGGUGAGCUUACCUGCCUGCACACCUGGACGCUACAGCACAGCAGACUCUCAGAGUCGCAUCAGGAGGAUGUGGAAUGACACUGUGAGGAAACAGGAGUCCUCCUUCAUCACCGGAGACAUCAACAGCUCCGCCACACUCAACAGAGGGGCCAUGGCUAAUCAUCUUAUAACUAAUGCUCUCCUUCGUCCCCAUGGUACUAACAAUCCUUAUAACACUCUCCUGGGGGACUCUGCAGUCUAUAACAACCCAGCCGUGGGCAUGUACAACACCCAAGCACCCUACCGAGACACAAAGAGCAUGCUGAACAACGCUAGAGACUCCAGUGUAAUGGAUACACUCCCUCUAAAUGGCAACCAUGCAAACAACUACAGCAUGGCCAGCAGCGAGUACUUAAGUGACUGCGUUCAGAUUCUAGAUCGCAGCGGUGGCUACGGCACCCACAGCAACCACAAGGAGACGACCCUGGAGAAGAAGAUCCUCAAGGAGCUUACCUCCAACUACAUCCCUCCUUACCUCAACAACCACGAGAGAUCCACCACCGAGCGCAGUCACAACCUGAUGAACAAGCUGGUCAACAACAGUGUAGCCAAUGGAGGGAGUAUGGCUGGGGGGAGCAGCAGCAGCAGUAGCAGUGGUGUUGGUGGGUGUGUGGGCAGCAGUAAAGAGGACAACAGUCCAAUGGUGCUGGACAACCCUGCAGCUUUCCCCAACGAGGAGAAUCUUGGUUUGGAGAUUAUCAGAGAGGAGUCCAAUGCACCUCUUCUGCCGCCACGGCCUCCUCCACCUGACAGCCACCCCCCUCCACCGCCUCCUCCCCACAGCUUCGCCCGACAGCGACGCAUUCCACAGGAGCCCAGCGAGAGCUUCUUUCCCCUGCUGAACAACGAACACACUGACGAACACACGCAUUCGCCAAACCACAGAGACUCGCUCUACACAAGCAUGCCGGUGCUGACGGACCUCCCAGACGGGCAGAUGAAUGGUUUAACAGACGGAGAAGAGGACAGCUCCGGGGAGCUACAGCCUUGUAAGAGUGCCACUGCUCCAGAGCUGGAUGACGUCUAUUAUAAGAGCAUGCCAAACUUGGGCUCCAGGAACCACCUUCACGAGCUGCAGAGCUACUACCACAUGGGCCGUGGUGGCAGCGAUGGAUACAUGGUGUCCGGGAGCAAAGAGGAGUCCGAUUCAUCUCCUGAGGAGCCGCCUGUGGACCCUUCUCACCUGGUUACCAGCCUAUAGAGCCAAAUUUAGACUUCUGUCCCUCCUGAGCCCAAUUCCACACUUUAAAAGUUCCAAUGAAAACAUUCUGUGUUGUUGACUGACAGACUGAGCUGACCCGUUCAUGGAUUGAUACACUGUGCGUGACAUUAACAACGGUCGGGAUACCACUGGUCAAACUGAAGAGGGGCUGAAUGUGUUGUUAUAAAUGGUGCAGACUUAGAGGGUGGCUCUUAAAGACAUUUUGUAAGCACCAAACAGUUAUGGAGAAUACAACUUGGAACAGGAGCAGUACUGGGAGGGAUUGUGUAAUUCUGAAGUUCCAGUUACUUUCAUUUGGAAUCUCGGACCGACCGUAGCCCUGCAAGAUCCCCAAUACGGACUUCUAGCAGAUCCUAACAUAUAGUCUCCACUUCCACCAAGACAAAGGUGAAGUUCUUGGGCCUGGUUAAUGGAGCUGCCUGUCUGUCUGUAUGUCCGUCUCUCUGUCUAACUCUUAAAGACGCCUACUUGGAUAAUAUUUUCACCUCCAAAGGUGGGAGCAGGAUGUUCAACUCUGGUGUUCACAACAAUAAACUGGCUUCAGAGAGGCACCUGAUACCUGCCAAUCAAGUGAAGGAUGUAUGAUAUAGAAACUCACUACCGAUCAAACAAAAAAUAAACUAUAUCAUUUGGGCAACUGAACAAAACCCAUAUAGAUGAUGUUCUGAACUCUUUUCCUGUUCGUAUCUGCUAAACUGGAGUUGUGUCUGGGCUGGUGUAACAUUCCUGCGAGUUGUAGUGACUACGGCUACUGUGUAUUUCACUGAAAACAAAAAAGGAAGAUCACAUUACAUCUGACUGAAAUUUAAAAAAGAAAAAAAAAGAAUAGUUGAGUUUAUUCUCCUUUCUUCUGUAAAAGUUUUCAGUUAUCAAAUGAUUAUGAGGAAAUCACAAACUGUUUCUAUGUAUUGUACAGAAUACAGAUACAAAAUGUUGCAUAUGACCAAGUCUUUAUUUUUUCAAUUUUAAGUUGCAAACCUUUUGUCCAUGGGAUGUUCUGAAAUGUCACAAUAUGUUUGGUGCUUUUACUGACCACAGAAAGAACAAGGAACAAUCUUUCAUGUCAAUUUAUACAUAUAUAUAUAUAUAUAUAUAUAUAUAUAUAUAUAUGGAUAUUAUUUAUUUUAUUUUGUUUUCAUAAAUACAGAUAAGCACUCCUUAAUUAUUAUGCAUACACCCUACACACAAUGUUCUGGUCUUUUUAUAGCAACACCACUGUCACAUUUUGCAAUCAGUUGUUAAUAUAUACUUUACCACCAUAUAGAUUUAAAAUAAAAGGGAAAUUUAAGUGGUUAAAGGACGCCUCAGGUUGUAGCUACGAGGGUGCCACACUACGAGAUACCUAAUUAGAGUGUAACACGAGGGUAGUUUAUGGAUUAUGUUGCCUCUAUUGCCAAAUAUUCAGAUUGGCAUAUCCUGGCUGUGCUGGUUGGGAUCUUCUUGUCAUCCUCUGAGCUGGGACCUAUCUGAAAAAAGGAGGCUUUCAUCUUAGAAAUGCCACCAAGUAAGUGAACUGAACGUGUAUAAGUUGCACCACAUCAGCACCGUCCAGUGUGGAAAGCCAAUGUUUACUAUUUUAGCAGGGAAACAUUUUUAAGUGUAUGAAGUAUAGCUUGCACAUGUAUCCCCCCCUCCCCAACACAUGUCCCCAAGAGAGAAAUUAUUUAUUUAUCUGUUUAUUGGUUUAAAGAUAGCAAAACAAGCUUGGACUAAAGAAAACUGGCUCUCGGAAAGAGUACAAAAAGUGGCACUAGGUUUGUUGUUUUUUUUUUUUGUUUUUUUUUUGUUUGUUUGUUUUGUUUUUUUCUUGUUUGUUUUGGUUCCUUUCUUAAAUUAUUAUGAUCAUGAUUAUUACAAUAUUACUGAUAAUUAUUUAUUCUUUUUGUAUGGGUUCCGAGUUGAAUGAUCUCAUAACUAAUAUUUGUUGUAACAGUGAAAGUUGUUUGCCAACAAAUAAAUUACUGACAUAG